AUGGAGGAGACUCCCUGGUUGGAAAUCGCCGGUGCUGUGGCAGUGGCUUUGUUGGACAUUUUCAAGGGGCCUCCUGAGGAAUCCACAGAUGCCACCGCUCCGGGCCUCAAGGAGAUUGGCAAGCCAGUAGCAGAAGCUUUGGCGAGCUGCUCCUUGCAGGAUAUUCGCAGUGGGGAGACUGUGGAAGCAUCGAAGCUGCUAACGACGCGCUCCGGCAUUUUUUUCCUCACUCACUGGGGAGAUUUCAACUCCUGGGAAGUUGCGCAGCAAGUCCGCACGGCGAUCCAGGCAAAGCGGCUUGAUGCGUCUUCUAUUUGCUUGGUUGGUAUUGGCUCCCAAAGCUCUGGUGCCAAAUUUGCCGAGAUGUUGGAGCUGCCUGCUGAUGUCAAAAUCUACACUGAUGCAAGGGCUAGCUGCUAUUCGGCGCUUUGCUUCAGCCGUGGCGCUUUGCCACAGUACUCAGAGCAACUGAAUCCAUAUCUUCGAGUUUUCCUUAUGCUUUUGGGAGUUGGGUCCCCAGGAACCAUUCGCACAGUGUUGGGUGGCUACAUUGGGGAUCGCUCCCGACCGAAUAGCGCUACUGCUUGGAUCGAUGACGCGUUGCGGCAGGGUGCCAAGAAGGGACGGUGGCCCACGGCAGUUCCUGACCUCUUAGGUGACUGGAAGAUGCUGGAGCUGGCUGAAGUGGGCAACGGCGUUUGGGACGAAGGCUUCGGCCAGGAAGGCCUCAGACCCUUCGAGUUGGCCACCAUCCGGCUACAGAGCCUUAGUCUAAAGAACACGGUACAGAGAAAUAAAACUAUACCAGCAUAG